UAUAAAUUAUUUCGAGAAUUAUAUUUUGAUGCUGAUUUUAUUGUAAAGGCUACCGCCUGAAUUAAACAAGUUGUUUUCAUGAUACUUUAGUUUGAUUAUUCGUAAUUACUAUAGUAUCUAUUUGAAACUUAGACGCGAUCCAGUGUUGUGAUCAAAAAUAUUGAGAUUGUCAUACUUUUUAUUGUACGUGACUGGUGAAAAAAUCCCUUGAUAGUGUUGAAAAGCUGUUGAUUAUAAGAAAAAUGGAAUUGAAUUUAUUUUUAAGACAAAAGCUGUAUAAUAAAAGUUUUUUAUACGCGUAUACGUCUAGUUUAUCCGCAAAAAAAAUCCCUCUUACACACUUAUUUCUGAAUUGCCUGUUCGGUACUUUUUUGACGAGAUUAUAACAGCAGUACGAUCUCGGUAGUUUCGGUAAUCGAUUUUACUGAGGCUCAGUAAAACAACUGUCAAAAUCGUAUGGAAAAGGUAAACAAUGCAUUUUUGCUGAACGAGUUCGGUGCUCAGCAGUUUUAAUCUCGUCAAAAAAUUACCGAACUCGGUAAUCAAAAUUAAGUGUGUAGAGAACAGACUUUAUGAUCGGAAGAAUGCGAGUAACUUCAACAACAACAAAUGCAUAAGAGGUACAUACCACAGACAAACAGACGAAACGCCUAGAACAAUUUUAGUGAAAAUUCAUCGCCCAGUUCACACUAUCACCACCUGGUGGAAAUGUUUCACGAAACACUGCGUUGUGCAAUAUCGUCAUCAGAAGGCGCUAGUGUGAAACGUCAAACGCAAAGAAAAACGAUGGGCGCUCUUCUUGUUAUGAAAGCCACAACCAAGAUUCAAAAUGAUCGUUGAAGGCGUGGUCAAUGAAAAUUUCGCCAGUGUUACGUUUGUUUGUCUGUAUACAUACCUGACAAUGCUCACGAAAAAAACAAAAAAAUACUACCGCUAUGAAUAUUAAAAAUUGUAUAGUAUUUUUUUUUCUUCAGCCACCAACACCAAACAAGUAAGUUAAAAUUAAUAAGUGAUUUUGUUUAUUAUAAUCUAACGAACAAGAUGAACAGUCGCUUUCUCAAAGGUCUUCAACUCAACGCUCUCUUGUAGACCGUUUGAUGAAAAAAAAUGUUCAAAAGAGUUACGAAAUCUCACCGAAAGCACCAUAGAUAAACUGAAAGAGACUGGUUAUGCCCAAAUGUCCACAUUGUGUACAAAAUUACGCAUUUGCACGUCCUGCCGUCUAGAAUUUGACAAACGAGCCAUCUGUAUAUCAUCGGUAAAGCAGGGCGCAGGAAGUUCGAAAACGACAACAACUGAGAAAUUGCCAUCAGCGACAUCUGUUUAAACAAUUUAAUUACGCCCCUUUUCAAAAAUGCCCUGUAAUAUUCUUCAACAUCUAUACCCAUUUCAAUAUUUUUAACGUUGCAAAACACGCUUUCAACAUUCAUCUUGAAGAAGAGGGAAAACACUUGUCCUCAAAUGUAACAGCAAAUUAAUGAAUAAACGACUAAUGCGCGGAGGGCGUGAUAAAAUCGGAACAUUACGGUACAUAGUAUAUUAUAUUAUAUGUAUAUAUAAUAUAUAAUAAAAACAACUUGUUUUACUCACGCAAGGCCAUUAACAAUAAAAUCAGCAUCAAACUUCAAUUUCCGGCCGAAAUAAUUUACACUAAAAAAAAUUAUUACUAAAUGUGAAAAUUGUGAAAUGUUUGAAUUGUCAUAACUUUUUUGUUUAUUUUCAUGGUAGAUUGCUAAUACAAUGGACCGUUUUCUCUAAAAAAUUACGUUGGUAAAAAGAUAGGGUUUUGAGAUAUUUGAGUUUUUGUGACAAAAAUGAUAUUUUUUAAUGUUAAAAAAGAUUUUUUUCACAGUGUAUAUUUUCUUAGGAAUCGCCAUUUAGUUAUCUAACUUUGCUGAACAAUAAAAUCAGCAUCAAAUCGCGAUUCCCGGCCGAAAUAAUUUACACAGAAAAAUUUUUUUUACUAAAUGUAAAAAUUGUGAAAUUUUUGAAAUGUUAUAACUUUUUUGUUUAUUAGUUUACCAUCACCAAAUUUUUAUGGUAGAUUGCUAAUACAAUGGACCGUUUUCCCUAAAAAAUUCAAGUUGGUAAAAAGAUAGGGUUUUGAGAUAUUUGAGUUUUUGUGACAAAAAUGAUGUUUUUCAAUGAUAAAAUAGAUUUUUUUUCACAGUGUAUAUUUUCUUAGAAAUCACCAUUUAGCUAUCUAACUUUGCUGAAAAAUUCAUAACAAUCGAACAAUCCGUUUUUGCUGUGCAUAUUUUUGAAUAUUUUUGAACCAUUUUCACAUACACCCUUUUGAAAAGUUAGUCGUGGCUCUAAAUAAAAAUUUGAUAUCGAAAAAUGGCGAUUUAGAUGGAACUGAAAAACUGUGCAAAGUUUCAGUUCAAUAGAAAAUCAUGAAUUAAAAAUUUUCCUUAAUUUUGAUGCUGUUGCUUGGAAUCGCUCAUCUGUAGAAUUCAGGUAAGGUGAAUAGCGAGCGAGAUUUAAGAAACGUGAAGAUGCAGUGAGCUGCAUGCUAAUCGCGUAUCAUUAGUGAGUGAACUAAAAAGUGAAAGUGGAAAGAUUUGUUUACCAACAAAUGUUAAUGGACGUAUACAAGACUUUUCGUUGAAUUUAAAACAGAGAGUUCCUUAAUUUGAAUGUUUAAAAAAUCUCCCAGUGAUAAAAAUCUUUCAUAACAAUUUAUCAGCCCAUCGGUUUUUAAAUUAGACAUAGAAUCAUGGCUGCAUCGGUGAUCAAAUGCGAUCCGGUAAAUGUUGAUCAAAUCUGUCGAUUGUGUAUGUCCGAUGAGAAUCUUGGAGACGUGUUCAAUGUCGAAGGUCUAAACCAAUGGAUAUCGGAUCUUCUUUCAAUAACGAUAUCUAUCGAUGAUCGCCUGAGUAAAGCGGUCUGCGUGAUGUGUCGAUUACAAGUCACGGAGUUCCAUCGCUUCAAAAUGCGCUGCAGUGAAGUUCAGCAUGUGCUGAAGAAUCAGUAUGAUGGUAAUGCUUACGAAACAGGAAGUCGGAUUGUCGCUUCUUCAGAGAUGGGACCUUCAUGGGAAAUGCGAACUGAGCGCGACGAGGAUGCUUUCGCCGCGAUCAAGAUAAAAGAAGAAACCAACGAAUCAACGGAAGCUUCAGUGUCUUUGGAAAAUUCAGCCUUUGACCUGGAAUCAUUUCACCACACGACAGUCAGAGACGAAAACGCUGGAACCUCGUAUUCAAUCGACAUUGGCGACAGUAUUUCCGUAGAGAAUGUAAAAAUUGAAACUCAUGCAAAUGAUGGUCAUGACAUUCAAGCAACUGCGAUGGCCAAUGAAGAUCGCGAAGACGCUGACAUUAAUCAGAAUACGAAUAAUUCAGAUCAUACCUGCGAUAUUUGCCAUAAAGUUUAUCCAUCCAAAGUGUCACUGAAGUGUCACAAAAGAGCUGUACAUGAGCCAAAGAAUCACGCGUGUCAGCUUUGCGGGUUUCAAUCUUCGUUGCCUGGAGAUUUGAAAAGGCAUUUGAAAUCCAAACAGCAUUUGGCCAAUGAAAUGAAAUCUGAUAAGCAGCAAUUUCAGUGUGAUAUAUGUGAAAAGGUAUUUCCGGACAGGAAAAAAAUCCGGAACCAUGAACGAGUGAUUCAUGGUCCCAAGAGAUAUUCAUGUCCUGUUUGCGAUAAGCCAUUUGCAAUUCGGAAUGUUAUGGAACGUCAUAGGCAAACGCAUCAAUCUUCAGCAGAACGCCGUGAAGUAAGAUCAGCUGCUGAAACAACAAUCAAUGCAGUCAGAUCAUUCAAGUGCAACAUAUGUCAAAAGAUGUUCAAACAGAAAAGGCAUUUAGCGAAUCAUCAAAUGUGUGUUCACGGGCCAAAACAAUUUGAGUGUAACAUUUGUGGCUGUAAAUUUGCUUUGCGAUUCCACUACAACGCACAUAUGCAGAGGCACGCACGACAUCGUGAUAACACGGAGGAUUACAACGUACUGCAUCGGAUGAGAAAGGAGGAAUCAGCCAACAACGAUAUAAAUUUGGAGGGUACAAGCGGUGAAGUCGACAAAGCUGCUAAUUCUGAUUCGGAUCAAAUCAACCAGGAAUCGGCCAAAUGCACCGAAUGCAACAAGGAAUUCAAAUCUCAGAAUUCUCUGUUCUUACACUUCAAAUAUGUCCAUAAAGAAAAGCUUCAGUGCAGCUUGUGCAGCGUUAAAUUUGUAACUCAAAUACGUUUGACGAAGCAUAUGCUUUUAAAGCACAAACAAGAGGAUGGCAGUUUUCAACCGUUGAAAUGUGAAGCAUGUGAUAGAGUCUUCCCAACCACUACCCAAUUGUCGCAGCACAUGGUAGUGCAUAGGGAAAAAAUCUUCGGCUGCACCCUUUGCAGCAAAUCAUUCUACAGACAUCAACAUCUAACGUCACACAUGAGAGCCCAUAAAGAUCUGGGUGAUGGUUUCAUAAUUCCUGCUAGCGUAAAUCGCUUCGAGUGUGCAAUAUGCCAUAAAGUGUAUAAAAACCGGAAAGUGAUGCAGCUGCACAUUCGGAAAGAACAUGGAUCAGAGUUACACGAGUGUUCCGUUUGCAGCAAACUGUUCAAAGAACGAUCAUCUUUGUCGGAACAUAUGAUGACUCACAGUGCUGCAGAACGUGCCACUGAACAAUUGGACAUUGUGAUAAAGGAAGAACCAUUGCUAAUAGAUGAUGAUUCAAACGGUGCCUCAGAGUUUCCUAGUUCAUCUGGUUUUGGUGUACUUCGGUGAAGAUAAGAAGACUGCAAAUCAAUCUUCCGACGACAGUGGAGUACAUGCAAACUGAGCCAAUAAUAAGGUAGGAUAAAACCAAAAGCGACUAGUAAAUCUAUGCUCGACCCUUGGGACUGGUGCUGGCGAAAGCAUUUUAAACAUAGCUGGCAGCUAGCAUCAAUCUAAUGAUUGUCAAGAUGGAUUCAUGGAUCGUUCCGCAAUUCAAUAAUGCUAGGUCUACUCUUAAUUUAUUCGAAUAAACCAAAUAUUUAUUUUAAAACCAA